CCGCCCCUGCUCGAGCCUCUUUCCUGUAUCCGGGCCUAGGUGGCCUGGCUCUGAAACUUAGCGAAAAGCAUGGAGGUCCACGCCGGGCUGCAGUCCACCCCGACCUCUUCCCCAUCCUCCCAGGAUGGCUCCAGGGCCUCGGUGUCCAAAGAGCUGCUGUCGGCAGGGAGCGGCGGCCGCGGAGGUAUAUGGGACAGGUUGCUCAUCAACUCCAAGCCAAAUUCCAGAAAGAAUUCCACUCUUCAAACAGUUCGGAUAGAUUGGAGUCCCUUAUUGGACCAAGUACAGACCUUCCUCCCACAGCUGGCUCAGGCAAAUGAAAAGCUAAGAAAAGAAAUGGCAGCUGCACCACCUGGUCGUUUCAAUAUUGAAAAUAUCGAUGAGACACUUGGAAAAGUUAUACAAAUGGAUGUGGCCUUGUUUGAGAUGGAUCAGUCUGAUUCAAAAGAAGAGGAUAGUUCAGAAGAGAAUUCACAAGACACUUCAGAGGAUAGUUCGGAAUCUGAGGAUGAAGAUGACAGCACCUCUUCUGAAGUCACCAUAGACAACAUCAAGCUUCCUCAUUCAGAAGAUGGAAAAGGCAAGAUCGAAGUUUUGGACAGUCCUGCCAGUAAGAAAAAGAAAUAGUGAAAUAAGUGAUCUAAGAGACAGGUGAUAUAUGCCUGUAAAUUCCGUGAAAAAGAAUGUGGCUUGCUGGGUAUUUUGCAUUUCAGGUAAUAUCUAUGGUGCUUUUAUGUCAGUCAUAUUGGAUGUAUUUUGUUUCUCGGAGAAAUAGAAGCUGGCUUUUAAAGAGUUGGAAGAGAUAACAUAUGGGGAUCUGCUAAGAGCAGACUGUCUUCGAUUUUAUUAUGCUAAGGAGAUUUAGUUUAGAAAGCUUACUUUUACGUAUGAUGAUGAGUGUAUUUGCUGGCAUCGUAGCCAUCGUCUUCCUUCAUCUUAGACCUCAGACAUGUCAAACUUAUUUUAAAGGAGAAAUACAAGUCACCAGUUUGUUUUUGUUUUAAAUUAUCCUCUUGCAUAAAACCUAGGUGGUUUUUUUUAGGUUAUUAUAGCAUCAGACGUAUUCAUUAGCAUCAGAAUGAAUUUCAUGAAGGAGAAUUUUUUUACAGUAAAGGGUUACUUAGGUUUAGCUGCCCUCGGGCACAUCUCCUUUUUAUUUAACCAUAGAAAAUGCUCCUUUCCAGUUUGAGCUGGAAAACUGGUGCUCUGUGGGUUUAAUCACUGUUGGUGACUCUACAGCCACUCAGUGGAUGUAGAAUUUACUGGUUGGAAAAUUUCAUAGUAUUUUUGUUGUUGUUGUUUUUUUUCAUAAAACAAUUUUUUCCUCUCUGCUAUUAGAACUAUUCUACACAGUUGCCCACAGUUUGAAACCUGUCAAAUGUAGAAAAUAGGGACACUACAGGAAAAAUAGGGCACAAAACAAAAAAGGUAAGAUUCAGACCUUAUUAAACCUGUUUCAGAUCUCAUCUGCCAUGAGACUGGCUUUGCUCAGGAUACGGGCCUGAGAAGUUAAAGGACUGUCUCCAAGUGGGUUGAGCUGAUGAAAUUUUUGUCCCCUAAUGUUUUAGGGCUCUUUUGGAACUAUUUUUCCCACUUCACAUUAGCCUGAGACAUCUUGUAAAUACUCUACAGAUAAUUCUCAAGGUUCUUUUUGGUACUUCCCAUGGGAAAUUGGAACCAGGUCUCCCAGUCUGUGCCCAGCUAAAUGGAGGAAGAAAUGAACACAUCUGGGAACCAGAUUUCUCAGCUGGAAAGGGUAUUAAUGACACCAGACACAACUGUGAUGAAUCAUUGGCGUAAAUAUUGAAAGAUUGUCUUCUACCAGAUAAUUUAUUGAUGCUGCACUGUGGGAAGAAUUGCAUUUGUCUGGUUCACUACUUAGCAUGGUACACGGUACACAGGAGGCACUGAGUAUUGUUAAUAAGUGAAUUAACAAGUACGUGAGGGUAUACAGGACAUUUUAUGCUGGUAGGUGGCGCCAGGCAGGAGAAUAUGAACAUAUAACUACAGGAAAUACAUAUCCAUGUAGAACUGACUGCCUGAUCAGUGAAAGAGGCUAAUCAGUUUAGAAAUAUAUACUAGUAUGUAGAAUUUUAAUAUUUUUCUUUUGCCUUGGCUAUCUCAUAUAGUAGAACUGGGCUUCUUCCUAUGCAGUUAAGGAAGUCAACCAAAUUUAGGUUCUCUGGACAUUCUUAUAACAGAAAAAACAAAAACAUAAAAACUAUAUGAUAAGGAUAUCAUUUUAAAUAAAUAAGUAUAAAAUAGAAUAAUUAUUUAAUGUGCAAUGUCAGGACUGGUGAGCUAUUUUAAAGCAAGGUUAAUGUCUAGCCUCAUGCCAUGUACUGAGAUAAAUUAUAUAUAGAUUAAAGAUUUAAAUAUAAAGAAAUAAAAUUAUGAGUUCCAUGCUAAAA